AUGAGCAAGCUAUUAUCAUUAGAUGCUUUUGCCAAGACGGCUGAGGAUGCACGGGUCAAGACCACCUCCGGAGGUAUCAUCACUUUAAUCUGCUGUCUCAUAUCUAUGAUCUUGAUCCGCAAUGAGUACCUCGACUACUCCACUAUCGUCACCCUCCCCGAAUUAGUGGUGGACCGCGAUAUCAACAAACAGAUGGAUAUCAAUUUGGAUAUAAGCUUCUUGAACUUACCAUGUGAUCUAAUCAAUAUAGAUCUAUUUGAUGAAACAGGAGACCUCAAUGUGAUAAACUCGGGAUUGAAAAAGUAUAGACUAAUAAGAACGGGAGGAGAAGUGGCUGAGAUACUUGAUGAGCUGGCUGUAUUGGAGAGAGAUGCCCCCUUGAGUGAAGUAUGUAAGGCAGUGCAGGGCAGUGAUUGUGGCUCUUGUUAUGGGGCGUUGCCCCAGGACCAGAACCAGUUCUGCUGCAACAAUUGUGCAGCAGUGCGCAGGGCGUAUGCCCACGCCAACUGGAAGUUCUACGACGGUGAAGGCAUUGCUCAAUGUGAGCAAGAGGGAUAUGUGCAGAACCUAAGAGCCAGAAUUAAUGAAAAUGAAGGGUGCAGGGUCAAGGGGAGUGCCAAGAUCAAUCGCGUUUCAGGGACAAUGGAUUUCACUCCCGGGCCAUCCAUGACAAGAGACAACAUUCAUGUCCACGACUUGUCUUUGUAUUUGAAGUACAAAGACAAGUUCAACUUUGACCAUAUAAUACAUAGCUUGUCUUUUGGAGAGUUAAAGGAGGUUCACCUUGGGAACCCCUUGGAUAAUUACUCCUUUCUACAACACAAGAAAUUCCAUUUGAGCAACUACUACCUCAAGGUUGUCCCCACUAGGUAUGAAGAUACCAACAGCAAGCUUAUCGCCGAUACUAACCAGUUUUCCGUCAUUACUCAUGAUAGACCUCUCCAAGGCGGCAAGGACGAAGACCAUCAACACACUUUACAUGCACGAGGCGGGGUUCCUGGUAUCGCCUUCCACUUUGACAUCUCCCCACUUAAGAUUAUUAAUCGGGAACAGCAUGCAAAAACGUGGUCGGGGUUUGUUUUGGGGGUGGUGAGCUCUGUUGCAGGGGUCCUAAUGGUGGGCUCGUUACUAGAUAGAAGCUUAUAUGCUGUGCAGCAUAUAAGGAAAAAAGAGGAAUAA